CUGCAACUUAAUUUACCAUUUAAAUCUCACUCAGUGCCGAAUUUGCUAAAGCAAAAUCGUAUCUAUAAUGUCAAAGCUAUUGACUGUAUUUGGGGCCACUGGAAACCAGGGCGGUUCUGUUAUCAGGGCAGUAUUGAACGAUCCUGUGCUGUCAAAGGAAUUCAAGAUACGUGGCAUCACUCGUGAUGUGUCCAAGCCAGCAGCCCAAGCUUUGGAAAGCCGAGGAGUUGAAGUGAUGGCGGCCGAUAUGAACUCCAGAAGCUCUCUGGCCGAAGCACUCAGGGGAUCGCACAGCGUCUUCCUCGUGACGACGCCUGACUUCAUGUCCGGAGAUAGUCAGGAGCUGACCCACGGCAAAGACGUCGCCGAUGUCGCGCACGAGGCCGGAAUCAAACAUCUCAUAUUUUCCUCUUUGCUCCAUGUCACAGAUGUUACCAACGGCCGCCUCAAGCACGUCCUACAUUUUGACAUGAAGGCAGAUGUAGAGCGUUACAUCCGCUCAAAGGGCCUGCCUGGCACCUUUAUUCUGCCCGGCUACUUCAUGAGCAACUUCACUGCACUGCAGAUGCUAAAGAAGGGUGACGGCGGGGUCUAUACACUAGUGUUCCCCGUUACUAGCGAGGCAAAAUUCCCUCUCAUUGACACAGAGGCAGAUAUUGGAAAAUAUGUAGUGGCGGCGAUCAAGAACCGUACGGAUGUUUUAGGAAAGCAGAUCCUUGCAGCAGCUGAUUACUACACCCCAACUCGCAUUAUCUCUGAGUUCGAAGAGGUAACUGGGAAGAAGGGACGAUUUAUGCCGGUUGACUCAGAGACCUAUAAAAGUUUCCUUCCCGAGUCGAUGGCAGAGGAAAUGCUAGAGAAUCACUUGUUCAUAGAGGAUCCAGGCUAUUUUGCUGGCCAGGACUUGAAAGGAAGCUUGGAUUUGCUAGAUAAAGUGGGAUUAAAGCCAAAUUCGUGGAGGGAUUUCUUAACAAAGAACAAGAGCUUGUUCGAGUAGGAAGUCUAGUUGUGUCAGAUCUCUAAACAAUGCCUGAGAAUAGCCAAGAUAUACGUUACUUUAUUAUCUCAUCUUAGAAAACGAACUUAUAGAUGAAGCAAUG